AUGGCGUCCAAGGUUUACACUCGCACACCAACCUUAUAUUUGGACUUCAAAUUGGACCCAGGAGCAAAACAUUCCCAACCUAUUCCUAAAGGGUGGACAAGCUUCAUAUACACCAUAUCUGGAGAUGUGUAUAUUGGGCCCGAUGAUGCACAAAAAAAAAUAGAACCUCAUCACACAGCAGUGCUUGGAGAAGGUGACAGUGUCCAGGUGGAGAACAAGGAUCCCAAGAGAAACCACUUUGUCUUAAUUGCUGGGGAGCCGUUAAGAGAACCAGUUGUUCAACAUGGUCCAUUUGUGAUGAACACCAAUGAAGAGAUUUCUCAAGCCAUUCUUGAUUUCAGAAACGCGAAAAAUGGGUUUGAAAGGGCCAAAACCUGGAAAUCAAAGAUUGGGAACUAGUGGAAAGCAGGAGAGCAGGUCUCGAUGUGUCCUAGAAUUUUGCCAUUUAUGAGACUGAGCCAUUGAAGGCAUUCCAUUUCUAAAGCUUAUUUAGCCGGUGCUUCUAAAGAAUUCCACACUAAAGUGAUAACGUGGUUUUUGUAACAAGAAAUGUAGUAUAUUUCCUGGCACAUACAAAUAAACCUAAUCAUUGUUUCUUUAAAAA